AUGAACAAUCACAUGAGCAGUGAAGUGACCAUCCCCCCCUCCCUACUCCGCCAUCGCCGCCGUCAUCGUUGCCAUCAUCGUCGCCAUCAUCCUGCUCGACCUGUGCAUCUUCCGCUUCCCGGUGGGCCACAGAAUCCGCGAUUUCCUCGUCCGCAAGAUACCCUUCUGCAUCGCGUUCUACAGCUGAGCUCAACAAUCUGUAAGCGCAUAACUUCUUCAUCCAAAUCCCACCGAUCACCUAACUGGCAACUACAUCUAAUGUGCUAG